AUGCCCGCCUCUCUGGAGACCUGCCUCUCCGACCUCGACUGCUCCACCACCAGCAGCAGCAGCAACAGCGACCUGUCCGGCUUCCUCACCGACGAGGAGGACUGUGCCAGGCUCCAACCCCCAGACUCUGCCUCAGGGCCGCCUGCGCCGCCCCGCAGAGGCGCGCCUGGGAUAUCCGGGGCGCCCGAUGCUCCGGGGGCGCAAGACGACGAGCAGGAGCGGCGGCGGCGCCGGGGCCGGGCGCGGGUGCGCUCCGAGGCGCUGCUGCACUCGCUGCGCAGGAGCCGGCGCGUCAAGGCCAAUGAUCGCGAGCGCAACCGCAUGCACAACUUGAAUGCGGCGCUGGACGCGCUGCGCAGCGUGCUGCCCUCCUUCCCCGACGACACCAAGCUCACCAAGAUCGAGACGCUGCGCUUCGCCUACAACUACAUCUGGGCCCUGGCGGAGACACUGCGCCUGGCCGACCAGGGCCUGCCCGGAGGCGGUGCCCGGGAGCGCCUCCUGCCGCCGCAGAGCGCCCCCUGCCUGCCAGGGCCUCCGAGCCCCAUCAGCGACGCCGAGUCCUGGGGCUCCGGCGCCGCUGCCUCCCCCUGCGCCGCCGCCACCUCGCCACUCUCCGACCCCAGUAGCCCCGCCGCUUCUGAAGACUUCGCCUAUGGCCCGGGCGAUCCCCUUUUCCCCUUCCCCGGCCUGUCCAAAGACUUGCUCCACACGACGCCCUGUUUCAUUCCCUACCACUAG